GCUUCUUCAUAAAAGGAAAAACCUUUCCCUCUCUUACCUCAUAAAAAUCUCAACUUUCAGUUAAGUUUUUUCAUUUUCUUAUACACCCACUUUUUGUAUUAUACCAAUCUUUUAAAAGUUCCAUAAAUUUUGGCGAUCAGUCUCAAUUUAUCAUCCUUCAAGGCCUGAAAAUUUUGUCUUUUUAUUUGUUCUCUCUUUUUUUAUUCUGUUGUGUACAAUUACUUUCUUUUUUGCUGAUUCCAUUUGGGGUAUCUUCCAUGACCCUAGUGUGCACUAAAGAUCAAAUUUUUAAUAGUUUUGCAUGAUCAAUUUUGAGUUCAAUUCUGAGUUCUAAUUAAUGGACAAUUAUGGGUCUUCAUCACCAUAUGGGUAUCCAAACCCAUAUUUAUACCCUGGCAACACUCCUCCAUAUCCACCUCCAGCUUCAGGUGCUGAUCCAUAUGCACCUACUCCUUAUCCAUAUCCACCCAAUCCUUCACAUUCCUUCAACUAUUCCAAUCCACAACCUCCUCCACCACCCUCCUCCUCAGCCCCUUAUCCUAGCCACAUAGACUAUUCCUACCCCCCACCUCCUCAACCAUCUUAUACUUAUCCUUACCCUUACCAAGUUCCUCCAACUAGUGAUAGUUCAAACCCUCCUCAUAGUUCUGCUUACCCUCCUUUGGAUGAUCUUAUGAGCAAUGUUAGGUUGUCUGAUAAUCAGCAAACUGCAACUGCACCUCCUGUGCAUCUAUUCACACAUUCUAUUUCAGUUACAGAUCAUGAGAGGAGAGAGGAGUUUCAUGGCUAUUCUAGUAACUCCUUCUCUGGUUUGGGAUCCUCCUACCCUGGUCAGGGGGAUUCUUCUAAGCUUUCAGCUUAUUCUGGCUCAUUUGAUGACUCAGUGCAUAGUCAGAGUUUGCAGAUUGUUCCAGCACAGGACAAAGGGUCUUUGAGGGUUUUGCUCCUGCAUGGUAAUUUAGAUAUAUGUGUUCAUGGAGCCAAAAAUCUUCCCAAUAUGGACAUGUUCCAUAAAACUCUAGGGGAUAUGUUUGGUAAGUUACCUGGUAAUAUGGGAAGUAAGAUUGAAGGGACAAUGAGUAAGAUUACCAGUGAUCCUUAUGUAUCAAUUUCUGUAUCAAAUGCUGUUAUUGGGAGGACUUUUGUGAUUAGCAACAGUGAGAACCCUGUGUGGGAGCAACAUUUUUAUGUUCCUGUUGCACAUCAUGCUGCUGAAGUGCACUUUCUUGUUAAGGACAGUGAUGUGGUGGGUUCACAGCUCAUUGGGAUUGUGGCAAUUCCUGUGGAACAAAUAUACUCAGGGGGAAAAGUACAAGGGACCUACCCUAUCCUGAAUAACAAUGGGAAGCCUUGUAAGCCAGGUGCUAUCUUGAGUCUAUCAAUUCAGUACAUUCCAAUGGAGAAACUGAGUUUUUAUCAUCAAGGAGUUGGAGCAGGACCUGACUAUAUUGGGGUUCCUGGCACAUAUUUUCCAUUGAGGAAAGGUGGAACUGUUAAUCUCUAUCAAGAUGCACAUGUUCCAGAUGGUUGCCUCCCCAAUGUGAGGCUUGACAAUGGAAUGUAUUAUGCUCAUGGAAAGUGUUGGCUUGACAUCUUUGAUGCUAUUCGUCAAGCUCAGCGUUUGAUUUACAUUACUGGGUGGUCAGUGUGGCACCAAGUUAAGUUGGUAAGGGAUGCUGGUCAUGCAUCAAAUUUCACACUGGGUGAUCUUCUGAGGUCUAAGUCACAGGAAGGAGUACGAGUUCUUCUCCUUGUCUGGGAUGACCCCACGUCAAGAAGCAUUCUCGGUUAUAACACAGAUGGUGUCAUGGCAACUCAUGAUGAAGAAACUCGACGAUUUUUCAAGCACUCCUCUGUGCAAGUGCUGCUUUGUCCUCGCAUUGCCGGAAAACGACAUAGCUGGGUCAAGCAAAGGGAAGUUGGAACAAUAUAUACACAUCAUCAGAAAACUGUAAUUGUGGAUGCUGAUGCUGGAAAUAACAGAAGAAAAAUCAUAGCAUUUGUUGGUGGACUUGAUUUGUGUGAUGGGCGAUAUGAUACUCCCAACCAUCCUCUCUUUAGGACACUGCAGACAUUUCAUAAGGAUGACUAUCACAACCCAACUUUCACGGGUAAUGUUGGUGGUUGUCCCCGGGAGCCAUGGCAUGACUUGCAUUCUAAAAUUGAUGGUCCAGCAGCUUAUGAUGUUUUGACCAACUUUGAGGAGCGCUGGUUAAGAGCUGCAAAGCCUCAAGGGAUAAAAAAAUUGAAGACUUCAUACGAUGAUGCGUUGCUUAGGCUAGAAAGAAUCCCGGAUAUUAUCCACAUGUCGGAUGCUCCUAGUGGAGGUGGUGAUAAUCCUGAAGCUUGGCAUGUUCAGAUAUUUCGUUCAAUUGAUUCAAAUUCUGUUAAGGGGUUUCCAAAGGAGCCAAAAGAUGCAUCAAGCAAGAACCUAGUAUGUGGGAAGAAUGUGCUGAUUGACAUGAGCAUACAUACAGCAUAUGUAAAGGCCAUUCGUGCUGCACAACAUUACAUUUAUAUAGAGAAUCAAUAUUUCAUUGGGUCUUCAUACAAUUGGAAUCAAAAUAAAGACAUUGGUGCUAAUAAUUUAAUUCCAAUGGAAAUUGCGCUGAAGAUUGCUGAAAAGAUAAGGGCAAAGGAGAGAUUUGCAGUGUACAUCAUUAUUCCAAUGUGGCCAGAGGGGGUUCCAACAGGGGCUGCGACCCAAAGGAUUCUAUUUUGGCAGAAUAAAACAAUGCAAAUGAUGUACGAGACAAUUUAUAAGGCUUUGGUUGAAGCUGGGCUUGAAGCAGCAUAUUCUCCACAAGACUAUUUGAACUUUUUCUGUCUUGGCAAUCGGGAGGCCAUUGAUAUGCAUGAGAAUAUCCCUGUGUCUGGAACUCCACCCCAAGCAAAUAGCCUUGUUAAGGCAAAUAGUCGAAAUAGCCGGCGUUUCAUGAUUUAUGUUCAUUCAAAAGGCAUGAUAGUUGAUGAUGAAUAUGUGAUAUUGGGAUCUGCAAACAUCAACCAGCGCUCUAUGGAAGGAACAAGGGACACUGAGAUUGCAAUGGGAGCCUACCAACCUCGUCAUACCUGGGCAAGAAAACAUUCUUAUCCACAUGGACAGAUCCAUGGAUAUAGGAUGUCACUUUGGGCAGAACAUACAGGCACAAUUGAAGACUGCUUCUUACAACCAGAGAGUCUGGAAUGUGUGAGAAGGGUUAGAACAAUGGGUGAACUGAACUGGAAACAAUUUUCAGAAAAUGAAGUAACAGAGAUGAGAGGGCAUCUACUCAAGUACCCAGUAGAAGUUGAUAGAAAGGGUAAGGUUAGGUCACUUCCUGGCCAAGAAGAGUUCCCUGAUGUGGGAGGAAAAAUAGUAGGAUCAUUUAUUGCCAUUCAGGAAAAUCUAACCACUUGAUGAGUUCUUUUCUUUCACAUAUACCGGAUAGCAUGAAUGUAAAUUACAAAAUACAAAAACAAUUUUGAAACAUCAUUUUAGGUUACACUCUUUAUUUUCUUGUAUACAUACAAACCACUUACUCCGGGAACAUUAUUGUAUUGUAAAAUUGUAAUCUAGAGUGCUCUUAAGUUUGGUUUGAAAUCAUGA